AUGGAUAAAUUGAAGGAAAGGAUAGAUAUUAAGAAUUUGCGGAGUUUGAUGAUUUUUGGACAAUACAAUGUUAACCGAUGGGGAAGUAGCUGUUCUCUGCCUAAAGGCAUUUGCCGCCUUGAAAAUUUACGCCAUUUUGUUGCUAAGAAAGAAUUUCAUUCCAAUGUUCCUGAGGUGGGGAAAAUGAAAUUUUUACAAGAAAUGAAAGAAUUCCAUGUUAAGAAAGAGAGCAUUGGCUUUGAGCUAGGAGAGUUGGGGAAACUAGAAGACCUUGGAGGAGAGCUCAAUAUACAUGGGCUUGAAAAUGUAACAACCAGACAAGAAGCUAAAGAUGCCAAACUAAUGGCAAAGAGAAAUUUAGUAGAGUUGGGAUUAGUUUGGAAUAGGAACCAAGAGUCCACUGGAGAUGAUAUCCUUUUUUUAGAAAAGGCUGGAGAUGAUAUCCUAGAUAGUCUCAAGCCACACUCUAAUAUUAGAAGACUUUGCAUUGUAAAUCAUGGUGGCUCAGUUGGUCCUAGUUGGUUGUGCAGCAACAUCAUAUACAUGAGAAACUUGGAGACCCUACAUCUAGAGAGCGUAUCAUGGGCCAACCUUCCACCUAUUGGGCAGAUGUAUCACUUAAGAAAGCUGAAGCUAAAAAACAUUCUUGGGAUAUCUCAGAUUGCACCUGAUUUCUUUGGUGGUACUACAGAAGAAAGUUUCAGGCACUUGAUGGAAGUUCUCUUUUAUGAUAUGCCAGACCUUGUAGAGUGGGUUGGGGGAGCUAACUGUCAUCUGUUAUCAGGGCUUGAAAUAAUCAUCUGCGCUGAUUGUCCCAUGCUCACAACGCUGCUGAUCUCAGGUUGGCCUAUUUCUUCUACAGAAGGCAACACUAAAUGGUUCCCUAGCCUUCGUGGUCUUCACAUUCUUGGAUGCCUGAAGUUGUGCCUUCCUCCCAUGCCUCACACUUCGAUGGUAUCCCGUAUUUAUACAGACUGGUUGGCUUAUGAUCGUACUAAGUUGGACAUUAGUAAGUCCUCUGAAUUGGUUUUCCGCAAUCUUGGUGAUGUAGAAAGGUUGACAAUUCAGGAUGCAUCAUGCUUCUCAUUUAUGGAUCUUCAAAAGCUACAUUCCCUAAGACAUAUAGAGGUCAGUAGAUGUGAGGAAACCUUUUUGAGAGGACUGGAUGAUGGUGUUGUGCUCCACACAGUCCAAUCUCUCAAACUCGAACACUUUUCACUUACCAGAAAAUCCUUGUCAAAUUUGUUCGAAUGUUUCCCAGCUCUUUCUCGUUUGAAUGUCAGCGCAUCAUCAGAUGAGGAUCAUGAGGAGGUGGUACUGCAGUUUCCACCCUCCAGUUCGUUGAGAAAUGUCCGCUUCUGUGGGUGUAAGAAUCUGGUCCUGCCUGUGGAGGAAGAGGAAGGAGUUGGGUUCUGUGGCCUCUCGUCACUCGAGUCCGUGACCAUAAGCAAUUGUGACAAGCUAUUCUCUCUGUGGCCCAUGGGAGGAGGAGCUCAGACUCAGAGCAUCAUCUACCCUCUCCCCCCUUCCCUCAAGAAACUCAGGCUUGUGGGUGAGCAAAGCACGCUGCCAAUGGCUCUGCUCGCGAAUCUCACAUCUCUUACCAGUCUACAACUAGUUAAUUGCAUGGAUAUCACAGUGGAUGGGUUUGUUUCUCUCAUCACAAUCAACCUCGAGCGUUUGACGGUGUACAAUCGGAGAGAUGGUGAGGCUGAGCCAUACUCUGUAGCAGGCGAUGUACUUGCAGCGGUGGCAAGGACCCAAACAGUGCCCGCCGGUUCCUUCCAACUGGUGAGCCUUUAUGUGGACAGCAUCUCUGCAGUGCUUGUUGCUCCCAUCUGCAGCCGCCUCUCCGCUACCCUCCAGAGGUUAUUCUUCAGUGCUGAUUGGCGGACAGAGAAGUUCAUGGAAGAGCAGGACGAGGCGCUUCGGCUCCUCACGUCUCUCCGAAUCCUGUGGUUCCAUGGCUGCAGGGCUCUGCGGUCCCUCCCCCAAGGGUUGCGUCGCCUUCCUUCUCUCCAGGAAUUACGAAUCUCGGGGACUCAAAAAAUCAGAUCGCUGCCCAAGGAGGGCCUCCCCGAUUCACUGCGAAAUUUAAAAAAUAAUUGCAGUCCCGAGAUUUAUGAGGAAUGCCAGAAAUUAAGGGAAACAAGGCCUGAUAUACAUACUAUUGCCUUCAUUCGUGACGCGGAAAGCUGA